CUUGUUAAUUUAUAAUUAUUCUUUUUUAUAUCGCCAGAUAUAUGUAUUUUUUUAAUUUUUAUAACAAUGUAUUUUUAAUGUUUGUUUAUUCUUCAGUGAUUCCUUCUAAUUCGUAGUUGUUAAUAUUUGUGCUUAAAUUGUAUCUAUAAUAUCAAUAUAAUUUAUUCCUAAAGAUGUCGUUAAUUUAAUUUUUAUAAAUUUAAACUUUCAAAUAUUUUAAAUGAUUAAAUUUACUCAUUUAAUCAUAUUGCUUCUUCUAGCACAUUGUGUAAAACUUGUGACUUCCAAUGUCAAGUGGACGAGGCUGAAAUCUGGCCAAUUCAGAAACAAGAUUUUAAAGUUUGCGGCAACCUCCGGGAAUAACUCGCAGUAUAUGUUCGGAGGUGAAAUAGAUGGAAGAUACACGAAUAAUUUAUUUGUAUUAAACGAUCCCAACUUGGAAUGGUCAAUUUUGAGUGCAAAUGGUAGUUUCCCUUCUCGGCGUUCAGGUUCAACACUCACCAAAAUCGGUUCUUCUUUGUAUGUAAUUGGGGGACAUAAUGACAAUGGGACCUUGAACACGAUAUAUAGAUUUGAUACAUUAACACUUAACUGGAGUGAAGUGAUUCCACUGAACGACGUCGAGUUCGUUACCAGAAGUGGACAUUCUGCAACAACUGACGGGAAAAAUCGCAUUUAUGUUUUUGGAGGCUACAAUGAUGACGGCUAUUUUUUAAAUGACCUAUACAAAAUUGAUUUAAGUAUCAAGUACGACUCUGAUUACAAAACAUAUAAAACUUACGCUGAAUUUACUUUAUUAAGUGAUGAAAAAAGUAUUUUGAACCCUUCGCCAAGAGAGUCAUCCUCCCUAAUCUACGCCGAUUCUAAACUAUAUUUGUUUGGUGGAUACAGUUACACCGCCGCCUGCACCGAUGGACUGUGGAUUUUUGACUUGUCAACAAACAGGUGGUACAAAUCAAAAUCUCAUGUCUUACCACCUCCCGGAGAAGGGUACACAGGUAUUAGGAUGGGUAGGGCAAUUCUAUAUUUCGGCGGCUGCAAUUACACUUAUAAUGCUCAUCGAUGCUAUAAUAAUGUUUGGAAUUAUGAUACAAUUGGAGAUAAAUGGACUAUUGUCCCUUCUUCUUUCGAAAAACCUCUUGAAAGGGGUCAUUCAUUUCUUUUUUACUCUCAAAACUCGAUCAUUCUGUAUGGUGGCUCCAAACUCGAUAAUGUGAUUUAUAACGAUAUGUGGAAGCUCUCUAUGCUCCUUCCCUGCACCGAUCCAAAGUAUUCUUGUUUCGGAAACGGUGAGUGUUCUGGGUCUUCGUGUACUUGUUUUACUGGGUUCCUGGGUCAUGAUUGUGGGACUGAACAGGUGGAAGAGAAAAUCACUUCUCCUGAUCAAGAAGAGUUAGCAAAAGAGCCUGAGAUUUGCGACGCUAAGCAAUCUGAGACUAGUUCACGUGUUGUACGUGUUUUCAGGUUUCUAAAAAGCCAUGUAAAAAGAUACAACUAUGUUACAAUAUUAGUGGUUGUUGGUGUUGUUUUAGCCCUCGCCGCCUUACGGGCGCACAUGAAGAGGGACUAAUCUGUGAAUUUUUUAAUAGCUCUGA